AUGGAGAGAGCUAGAGUUAUAUCUCAGCUGCCGUUAACCCUUACGAUCUUCACCUUGUUCUCGUUGCUCAGGAUAGGGUGUGCGCAGUCGAGCACCUUUUGCCUCAUGCAGUUUGCGCUUGCAAACCAGGCUUGCGCGGUCUUGCCAGUGACAGAAGACCCUCCUAAGGAUUCAAAUCAAAUGAAGCAGCAUUACGACGAUAAUAAUACUGCUGAUGAUGACGGCAGUGACGAUGAUGACGAGGAGGAAGACGAGCAAGAGGAUCGACACAGUCAUGGUCACAGUCAUGGUCACGGGCAUGGUCACGGGCAUAAAGGCCGGCAUGAAGGCGAUCAUAGGGAGGAGCCCCGAGCAAACAGAGACUGCUGCCGAUGGAUAAAGGAGGUAGAUAAGAAGUGCGUGUGUGAGGUCCUGCUUCGCCUGCCUACAUUUCUUACGAAGCCCAAGCACAAAUACAGUAUCUCUGUUGGGAGUUCUUGCAAGCAAACUUACAGGUGUGUGGGGGCUUAG